AUGGAUUUGAUGCAGAACGACCCCGUGUUGAUAGAGCGAGUACGGGCCAUGCUGGAUGCUGGCGCGGCAGAGCAGGCAGCAGCUAAGGUGGCUGCGAUCGACGCGGCCAACACUCGUGCACUCCGCGCGUCGUUGCAAGCGCUGAAGCAGCACCGCAACAGCUCGAUUUGGUGGACCACUUACCAGACGGCACUCGCUGUAGCAGCCGGAGCGGGAGAGCACAUGUGUACUGACACGGACGUGUGCCACCUCGGCCAGCGGUGCAAGCCCGUUGAGUCUGGUGGAGUGAGCCUUGCCGAGCGAGCCAACAGUCUCGGCAUUCGGCACGAGACUUUCAGCGACGCACGGCGGCGGAUGCACAACACGAACCACGACAUCGCCCCCAAGAUCGCUGCGAGUGAGGGAUGCUACGUGUUCAACGAGCGCAAGACACGGAGUGACGUGACGAAUCCCGGGAACAGAGGAGGAGCAGGGGGGGGAAGGUGUGCCCCGACUUGGUUGGCGAGGUGA